AUGCCACGGGAUGCGGACGCGGCUGUCAGCGUAUCGUCGCCCGGGCGGGGCUCACGGGCGCGGGCACGGGCGCGGGCACGUGCCCAGGCGCGGGCGGCGGAGCGGGCGCAGGGCGGCGGGACAGCGGCGGCGGCGGCAGCGGCCGACAAGCCACCCUCCCGCCCUCUCGACGGAUGGGUCGAGGUGGUGCCGUUGCCGGGACUGGACCUGCCCGAGCUGGAGGCCGGGCAUGGCGGUGAGCGCGGCAAUGGCGGCAGCAGCCGGGGCGGGCGCGAUGGCGCCGAUGGCAGUGAUGGCGCGAGCGAUGACACGCCCGCGGCGUUGGCGGUGCCGGGAGCGACUCGCAAUCUAUGGCUGGUGGUGGUGGCAUCGGCGCUGGCACUGUCGUGCUGGUUCUCGACCAAUGCGGUGGCACCUGCGCUCGAGGCGGAGGAGGGCUACAGCACGAGCGAGGUGGCCUGGCUCUCGUCGGCCGUCCAGCUGGGCUUUGUGGCGGGCACACUCGCGCUGGCUACGAUCAACGUGGCCGAUGUGAUGCGGACGCGGACGCUGUUUGCAGUGUCAGCGGCGGCGACGGCAGCGUCGAACCUGGCGGUGGCCUUUGUGGCGCCCAAGGACGUCGGCGGCUUUGGCGCGCUGCUGGUGCUGCGGGCGCUGACAGGCAUGUUCCUGGGCGGCGUCUACCCCCCGGCAUGA